AGUUUCGACUCAAGGUGCAGGCUGUUCCCAAGCUGGAAUAUCUUCGUCGACCGUCCAGGUACAGUUGACCUCUUCCCGAACUUGUAUUUCUACAUGGUGCUGGAGGUUAAGACGCUGAAUUCCACUAACCUUCUUCAGUGACACCCCUUGACACCUCUCCCAGAACACUACCGCUACCUCUUGCACUGAAGUACCCAGCUAUUGACCUUCAGCGUCAUGAGAUGGUGUCUGUUGCGCUUAUACUACUCUUUGUGCUAUCUUGUAUUGUAUUGCGGCUGAUAUCCGUAAUCCGUCGUACGAGAACGCGGUUCUCAGACGCGCGACCAACACCUCCCAAGACAUGUUCCUUGGCCGUGUUCUUGGGUUCAGGUGGUCAUACGAGUGAGGCCCUCGUUUUGUUGUCCGCCUUGGACUUCUCUCGGUAUUCUCCACGAAAGUACAUCUACAGCCAAGGCGAUAUUCUCAGUGCCAAGAAGGCGGUCAAUUUGGAGUCGCUUAAAGCCCCCGAGUGUACUUCGCACCCCGUCCACAGCACAGACGCGACCACUCCAUAUACACUCGUCUCCAUCCCACGAGCACGCCGUGUGCAUCAGAGUCUUUUCACGACUCCCGUGACAGCUGCACGCUCUCUCAUCACCUGCCUGUACCACGUCACGAUAGCCCCCUUACUCUCUGGUCACCCCUUUGCAGAUGUCCUGGUUGUAAAUGGACCCGGAACAUGCUGCAUGCUUUGCCUGGCUGUCUAUGUUAACAGGUUCUUUGGAUUCCAUUCUCCGAAGAUGAUAUACGUCGAAUCCUUCGCUCGCGUCAAAACCUUGUCUCUUUCUGGGAAAUUGUUGCGCCCAUUUGUGGACAGAUCUCCGUCGUGUAGAUUCGUCGUACAAUGGCCCGAGCUAUUAAAUGACGGUGGCCGUGGAGAGUGCCGUGGGUGGCUUAUAUGAAGUUUGACGUUCAUGGAAAUCCCUCGGUGAGCAUAUUUGCAUUCAGCAGAGAACAGAGGGCUGCGGAGCGUGAUGCAAUCUUGCCUGUGUCCUGCGCAAUGAGUUUGAAACUGCAAUGCUUCUGAGACGACCAGUAAAUAUAUUUGUCAGCCAUAGGUAUUCUACAUUCUUCCGGUCUCGACGACCUAGAUUGCUGAAUUCACCAAUUUCAUUACACC